UCGGUGACUGGUUGGUGUGUCUCUGUCUGAGUUGAUCAGUUCCGUUCAGGAAUUAGGAUUUAAUAAUGUGUUGCGUUUGUGUUCUGUAAUCAAUUCAGUGAAUCAACUUUAUAGUGUAGAUUGUAGUGUGUCCGAUUAAAGACCAAUAUUGUUUUAAUAAAUUUUAUAAGGAAUUACUUUACUUGCAUAUAUCGUGUGAGUUUGUGUGAUAUUUAAGUACAAAGUACAUAUAAAAUGUGUUUAUUAUAAAUCUGUUCAAGUGUUUUUCGAUUUGUCGUCGUGGGUGAUAUUUUACACGGAACGUUGAUCGUCAUAGUAUAUCCAUUUAUUUCGCAUAAUGGUACCGCUCUGAACAAUUCAUAAAGUUGCUCCUGGGACGAUAUAUCUCGAUAUGCCGUCGUCGAUGGAUUUGUAACAGUGGCUUAAUAUUGGUGCGGCUGCCUCAAGAUGAUGGUGGAAACCAUCCUGGAGUCCUCUCAGGACUUUGGCAUGUCGAACGGAGCACUGCCGCAAUGGAAGCGCGAGCUCCUGCAGCGGCGUGCAGCCGCCCGCAGUCGGCCAGCGCAGCCACCGCCACCACCCCCGCCGCCGCCACACGACGAAGAAGACGAGGAACUUCGCUACGGACCUGGCAUUGUAAAACGCCUUCAAUCGCGCUACUUGAGCUUAGCGCUGCGGGACGCCCCGCGCCGCCGCCCCUCAGUGUUGCGACGCGCUACCUCGCUCGAACAUUUGCUGGAUGAUCGACCACCGCCUGCGCCUGCGCCUCGUAACAACUUACGGCCUCCGCGUCCUGUGUCUAUGGCAGUAGCACCAGCACCUUUGAUGUCUUCCACGCGUCGCGACUCCGUAAAACGAGCGCGCUCUGUAGACGCACUGAGCCGCUUAGAUUCACGUGAUGAGCCCCGAGCACCAUCGCCUUCACCCCCACCGCCCCUUGCGCCGCGGCCGCCUGCGCAACCUCGUACCGCGCGCCCUCCCCGACGACCAACCCCAUUGUUACGAGAGACGGAACGGCCUCCUCCCGACGUAGUCCGCUCGACCUUACGUAAAUUCGAAAGCGCGCCGACGCGUCGAGCUCCGCCCGCUGUCCGUAUCUCUGCGGUGCUGCGUGGUCUCGAAGGGCCACGGACUUCUACGCCCGAACCCCGCGAAUCGUCAGAUGCACCGCUCAGCCCCCGUACGCCUAGUCCACUGCCAGCGACUGAAGCCAUGUCGCCUGUGCCUGUUCCGGUCGCCAAUACUGAAGACGCAGAGAAUGCGCUGCUACCCUCGGGCUCCCGACCUGUAUCUCGCGCUGCUCUCGAUGGUAUUGCUCGCGCCGGCUCUACUGUGCGUUAUGCAUUCGAAGUACCUCGAGCAGCCUCACAUUUGCCUCCGCUAGCUGCUACCAAUCAAGUUCUAGUGGGUCGCGCACGUCGUGUAGGAGUCAUUCGUCCAAUGCCAGCGCGUGCUACCGAUUGCGCUACUGAUGAAUCGGUCGAAGAUAUUGACGAGAAAAGCACCGAGCGUACUACUAGAUUGGUGUCACCCUCCCCUCCGCCGCCUGCUGAAAGCGAACAGACUCCGCCAGGUCGCACCGAAAGACGAGAACCGCCUCCAGCAGCGCUAGUGGAACCAAUUCCACGACCACCACCUGAGUCCUUCCGCUCGUCCACGCCUCCCGCACCCUCUUCCAUUGAACGCAGUCCUAGCCCAGAAACCAAACCGAAGCAGCCGGAAACCAUUACUCCUCAAGUAAUAAACGGACACUUAGAGAGCGAAGCAGUGCCAGAAAACAAAGUGACUACGUCACGUAUUGGUGCAGCUGGCAUUGAGCGAGCCUGGAGCGGGUCCGCGGAGAAAAAGAGCCCGGAGAAGGUGACGACAGGCGCAGGCGCAGCGUGGGCGCGCGGUAGCCCGGCGCAGGCGCGGCGGGGCCGCGGCCCGCCGCCUGCCUCCACCUCUGUCGUCUUCAACUUCUCCAACCGCAAGGAAGUUCCCGACUACAUCGAAAACGACGGAAUCAUCCUGCGCGCCAACCGGCGGAACCGGAUUAAGCCGGGCGAGCCGGGCGUCGUGGUGCUGCGGCCCGACGCGCUGCAGCGCUCCGACUCCGAGUCGGACGCCGAGCCGGACGCCCCGGACGGCAGCCCGCCCUCGCCCUGCAGCGUGCGCUUCGUCAACGACAACGUGCUCAUCAACGGCCGCUCCUCCAUGCCCACCAGACCCAACAGAGACCGCAUCGCGAAGUUAAAACUGCAGUUUGACGACUCGCUGACGCGCACGUUCGAGUACCCUUCAGAGACGUCGCUAAGCGAGGAGGGCGCGGCGGAGGCGGCGCCGAGCACGCCGAGCGCGCCGAGCGCGCCGAGCACGCCGCAACUCGCGGAGCCGCCGCUGCACGCGCCGCUCGCGGCCAACACGCAUAUAACCUCGGCGGCGCUGUCCCGCUACCGGCCACACAAGACGCGCGGCGCCGCCUUCACGCUCGGCGUCACCCCGCCCGACACAGGUUCCACAGCGGGUGCGGCAGGCGCAGCAGAUAUGGCGGAAGUGCGAGGCGAUGCAGAGGGAGAGGGGGACGGGGACGGGGAGCGGGAGGGGGCGGGGGAGGGGGACGCGCGGCCGUGCGGAGCCGACAUCGCGCGCUCCUGGAGCGAGGCGCGCACGCACCACACCGACCUACUGUUCUAGUCACAGCACCACUGUGCCAGGUCACCCCGCGCGCCCGCAUCGCCCGCGCCCCCGCACCCCUGCGCCGCCUGCAGCGCUGCGGGACGCCAGUAAUUGUCAUUCCUGUUAAAAUCUGCUCAACUACUGUUUAUCCGCGCAUAGGUUAAGGUACAUCGAGUCAUAUCUGUAGUUAGCGAUAUAUCGCGGAACCAAACAAACGCUUACUGACCAAGCGCGACUGAUUAGCUGAUAAUGAAACGACGCCGAUUAAGCGUUCUUAACCAUUUUGGAGCAUUUACAUAUAAACAAUGGUGUACAUAAUAUAGUUCUUUGUCUAUGACCAUCAUAGACAAAUAGACAAAUCGGGCUCGGACAGAGCCGCGUGUGAUCACGUUAUACUCAUUCCUGAUGGCAUUCCUAUGUUUUGUAAAAAUAUUGUACUGACAUUUUUAAACAUUUACAAGUAUACAAGUGUAAUUCGAUUGCAGACGAAGGUAAUGGUUGUAAAGUAGUGCGUGGAAGAAUAUGACGAGAGCAUUGAAAGUGAUUGUAAGUGGUAUAAGUGCACCUAUAUACUGGGAGGCACUGGUUGCCUCGGCCUCGCGGCCCACUUCUAACCGCACUGCAAGCACUCUGUUUGGUAUUCUCUUAUCUUGGCAUACUAGAAAAUUGAGCUUUAGACGUUAGACAACAAAAUGUGUCAAGAAGAUAAUGACACGAUACAGCCGCCCGCGGGUGAUGUAGUCCGCGUUGCUACUGUCGCGCGGCGCACUCCGCACUCUGCGGCACGCAGUAUUUUAUUAUGUGCUAUCACUCCGACCAACUUCUUCUCCUUUAUAUUAUUUUUUUCCAUUUCUAAUUAUUUUAAAAAGUAAAGAUUGCACAAUAGCUGUACGUGAACAUGUUGCAGUUAGACGUAGUCUAGUUUUCUUUCCUGCUUUUAUGAAUUUAGAAAAGUGAUAGACGUCGAGGAGAAUGAAUGAGUGCACUGCCAAUGAGAGUGGUACUCGUACAUGACUAGAUAUAUAUAUAUAGGUAUUAUAGUGUCACUUGCCAAUGCCUAGUUAUAUCGUACUUUAUGCAUAUUAUGACAGUUAGGUGGUACAUUAUUAUAGUUGUAACUGACACGUGUAGUAAUGCAAUACGUUGCAAUUUUAUUUUUGUAAGUUAACUGAGGAGCGAGUCGGUGGCGUAUUACGACAGCGACUUAUAAGGAAACGUGUACAAAAGAAAUAAUGUAUUAUUGAUGUAAAGCUUGAAGCAGGCUUAGAGAGUGGAGUCUCCGAGUCGCCCUCCGUUGACAUCGUUAGCUGUUAGUAAGAUUGUGAUGAGCUCGUGACGCGUACAAAGGUCGCGGCCGGUGUCACUGCGCUGCCUGCUGCCUUACUUGUAUUUUAUAUAUCCGUAAUGUAUGUAAUGUAUUGAUCCUAAAUUGCAAUAAAAUAUUGAGAAAAUAUUGU